AUGGAUCUCCGUCCCACUCAUCAGUUUGACCCUUGGAGUGCCGAUGCCGAACGUUUUGGGGGUUCCGGUAUCAACUUUGACGACAUCGACUUCAAUGACCCCGCGAGCAUCUUCAAGGCCCUAGGCGGGGGUGGCCCAGGUGGCCUUCCUAUCCCCAAAGCCGAGUCCCCGGAUUCUGUGCGUCGCACCGCCAAAAACAGACGUGACAGCAUAUUUGCUUCCUACGCCAAGUUGCACGAUAUCCUUGAACGACAUGAAGACACCAUCCAAAAGCGCUGGGCCAAGAAGAAGAAGGCACAGCGUCUCCAGAUCCUGCUCAAGGCAUGGCCCAACAUGGCCCCCAACCAUCGUCCCGACUUCGAGGCCUUCCUCAAAGAGUCUGAGCAACAGCGCAUGAUGGGCACCAAGUACAGGGACUGGUUCAUAUGGCCGUACAUCAACCAGGAGGAUCUUUCCCGCCCUCGCUUACUGCCACUCCUGCUGAACUCACGGGGACGCCAUCAUCCUUGCACCUUUGCCGGCAUCGAUGCCACCAACACAAAGUUCGCCUUCGUCACCAAGGCCGUGGUCCCCAUAUUCUUGAACGAGUACACCAUGAUUCUCAACGGCGUCGAUGAGAAGCACCCUGAUGAUUAUGGCAAGCUUUUGUCUUGGGACGAGCACCCCAGCAACUUCGAGUUGGCCAUGAGUCAAAGGCAGUUCCUGCCCGGUGAGGGACUGCUCGUGUUGGACGUUCAGGAUCGCCUCCUUUCCUUCUUGGUCAAAUGCUGCACAGAGAUCCUUCACGAGAUCCCCGAAGACCAGCUUUUAGGCAGUAAAUAUCCAGUUCGGCCCGAGCCACACAUGAAAGAAGAGAGUGAGACCACCGGGUUCGACUCGCUUGCCGUCUUGGCUGCCGAAGCCCCUUAUCGAGUGCCCGCCAAACUUGAAUUUGGCCGCAUCGAGUCACUUCUGGCCCUCGAGUUGCAGGAACAUCGCCUGGAGACCCUUAAAGACCGCUGGGGCAAAUCCUAUCCCGUCAACGACGAGAUUCUGUGGUCACGUAUCUUGUCCAGUCUUGUCACCACGGCGUACAUAGAGGUUGAGGUAUACAACGAGCUUCAUCGGCAAGCAAAAGAGUUGCAAGGUCUCCAGGAAAAAUAUGCAAAGGUCAUAUCAGUCAAGGAUGAUCUGCCCAAGGAGUACCUGAAGGCAUUGCUCAAAUUUCGUUUCUACCUUUACCAGGCCACCAAGGGUGUCCUUGGCGAACUGAAACACACAGCCAUGUCAUCGCCUCCCAUGAGAUAUCUCUCAUCCAGAACCCAGGGGUCAUCAAGGGAUCUGAACAAGGUCGCAGUCGCCUUCAACCCUAAUCAUAAGAUGACACCUGUAGAGAAGCGGCUGGUCUGGCUCUUACGGACGCUGUGGGAGGACGGCAUGGAUCUGUUCCUAGCUUCGCAGCCCAUUGUUGUGGACGAGUUGGAGCGGUUGCUGGAAACAGAAACGGAAGCUAGCCGGAUGAUUUCGUCUUACGUUGCUGGCUUAAUCGGACAGCUGUCUAUCAUCACCCAGUGCAUGAGACAGCUUGACUGCUACCAACCAUGGGCCCGCAGCUUUGAGACUCUGAAUAUCGACUAUGAGGAUGGUAUCAAGGCUGCGUUUGCUGAAAAUAGCAAGCCUUGGGCAGCUAUUCUCCAGGCUGCUAGUGAGAAGCAGGGUAGGUUUUACUCGCUUGUCCAGCUGGGUAAGCCUGCAUCCAAGAGAUUUUUCUACCCUGUUGACAAGCGCCGCACCAAGGAGAAUGUGCAGGCUCUGAGGAGUGCAGAAGACAACCUCGACGAAUUUUGGAAGGCUGUCGACCAAAUCAUGUACAAGGACGCCAACAACCUUGAAAACACGUUCGUCAGAAAACUCCUCACUCAGUCGCGUAGCCUUCAACGCACACCAGAGUGGGCUGAGCCUUCCACGCCAGCUACAAAUGAGAAAGGAGCGAAAGCAGCCGUCGCGAAUGUGGAUGACCUGAUCAUCCCUCUCUCUUCAUUCUUCUUUGGCCUCACAGCUCCCAAACCCGAGCCUGUCCCUUCUCAAAAAAUCAAGGUUAAGACCCGUGGAACAACGAUCGCCCCGGCGGACCCCACCACUACAGGGAAAACCCCCGCCCCCGACACAAGCGAUGAUAAACAGCCUACUUUUGCCGUCGAUGCUAGAUCCAUCAAGGUUUUCCGUACGCUGUUUUACAAUCCCAACAUUACCUCCAGCCCUGGCGAGGUCCCUUGGAACGACUUCCUGCAUGCCAUGACCACUACCGGAUUCAUGGCUGAGAAGCUGUAUGGAUCCGUCUGGCAGUUCCGUCCGACCAACUUGGAUGUGGAGAGGGCCAUUCAGUUCCACGAGCCGCAUCCUAAGGGGAAGCUCACCUUCACGAUGGCGAGGCGUAUUGGCAGAAGGUUGAACAGAGCCUACGGAUGGAUGGGGUCGAUGUUUGUUCCGGAGAAGUGA